UUUCACCGUACACCGAGAUUUCAUCUUCAUUCGUUCACCUAACACUCUUGUUGACGGUCGUCUUUGAUGAUUAACGUGUUAAUAUUUAAUUUAUAAUUGUAUUUAUUGUUUUUGUAAAACAACCGUGUUUUCGGCCGAUCCGUUGUCGGUCGUUACACGUGUCUGCCGUCACUGGAUAAUCAGCUCGUCAUGUCCGUCCAAAGGCUUUGUAACGAUAUUUCGAAAAAAUGUGUGGUCUCAUCUAAAAUGGAGCCGGCGAUGGACUUUGUGGAAAGAUACGAGAACCCCGUGUCGUGGCACAAGAAAUAUGAUUUGCGUGAUGAUUUGUUAAGGAAAGACGUGCUGUUCGACAACAUGGACAUGAAAUCCAUCACUAUGGCCCAAUACGACCCACACAACCUACCGGAAUACAUUAAAUGGAGACUAUUUGGUUAUAACAUAGUUAUAUGCUAUGAAUAUAUUUCAAAAGGAAAUAAUGAUGACGCAUUGAAAAUUAUUAAUGAUAUUGAAAAUAUUUUAUCUUCAAUCGGAAAUAAUGAUCCAUUUUUAAAAUCUAUCAAAGUAGCUUUGAAUCACAUCACAUUUUCAAUGAAAGGUCAUUUAUGGCAUUUGUGUUCAAUGGAUAUAAAGAAAUUAGAGCAUUUUGUUAUGCCAAUUAAUAUGAAUAAUGCAAAUAAAGCUGGAUUGUAUGGUGUUCAAACAUUAUUCUUUUAUGAAUAUGAUUUACCAUAUGCACACAUAGCAAAAAAUAGUGCGCUUAAAGCUAUAGAAUUAAAUAACAGUGAACCCGAAUGGCAUUUUUUAUUGGCUAGAGUAUUAACUUAUUGGCAAAGAACAUGUGGUAAUUAUUUUGAAUGUUCUGAACAAGAAAUUAAUGCAUCUGAAAGAGCAGUUAAACUUGGUGACAAACCUCAACAUAAAUUACAUUUAAUUCACAUAUAUCAUCGAAUGAGUAAAAACAUGAAAAAAAAUAUAAAUGCUAAAAAUGAAAUUUUGGAUGCAGGAUUACAAUUGCUAAAUGAAGUUAUGAAUAGUACAAAUGAUUUACUUUUAUUGAAAAAUUGCCUACUUAGCUUAUCGAAAAUUUCUCUCGAUAAAGACUUUUAUAGUAACAAUAUUUCUGAAAUUUUGGAAACACUAAUUAGUAAAUUAGAAUCGACUAAUAAUGGUUAUGUGCAUGGUGCUAUUGGGAAUUAUUACCUAUUUAAUAAAAAGGAUAUUGAAAAAGCCAAUUUUCAUCUUAAAAAAGCUUACGAUGUUAAAAGCUUUGGUUGUUCUAUUGAUUAUAUUUAUACACUAUACCUAAUGAAUCCUAAUACAGCACCAGUAGAACAAAUGAUGGUAGAUAUGUUAAAAACAUUUACUCAUCCUGUCCACCGCGAAAAAAUUCUUAGUCAAGUUGUAUCCUACCUGAUUGUAACUAAAAAUAAUCUUAUUCAAGCUCUUAAAUACAUUCCAAUUUUAUUGAGUUUUAAAAAUGUUACUUGUGUAUAUAGUCUACAGACUCACAGAUUAAAAUUUUAUCCUAAACAUAAGUCAAUGAAUUUAAUAGAUCUAUUAUCAGAAAGACUUGAUGCAGCUCUUAAGGAUUCAAAAUUGCCAGCAGAUCAUAAGAAAAGGGUUGUAGAAGUUUUACAAAUAUUUGAGCCAUAUAAAAUGUUUGUAUCCAAUUUAAUGCAAGAUAAGAGUCAUCUUUUUGGAAACAAUUUUAAAAAAGAUUCUUCUAGUAAAAGCAAUAGACAAUUCAAUCAGAACUCUAGAGAAAAAGAAAGCUGGAAGCAAAAAUCACAUACACAGAAUAACACUUAUGUGAAAAUUAAUGAAAAACAAAACUGGAGAACUUUGAAACCCGAUUCUAAUCCAAAUCCUCAUGUUUUUUCUAAUCAACAAAAAGAUAUAAAAAACAAUGGAGUGAAAAUUAAGUCUCGUUUUGAUUUCUAAUUAAUUCAUUUAUUUUUUAAUUUUUAAAAACAAUUUUUUUUUUUUUUAUUUACA